UUGGUUCCUGAAAGCACUGCACAGGUCCUCGCGGGUCAUCUUCGGCAAAACUGUCGAACGCCGGUUCACAAGAUGCCCAGAGGAUUCUUAGUGAAAAGGAACAGCAAAUGGUCACGGCUUUCGUAUAGAAUUCGGACCGAAGACGAGCACCAACUUCAAAGCGACCCCCUGAGAGUGGGUGUGGGGCCGGCGGUGUGCCCGGGCGGUCUCACUGCACAGACAGUUUCCCAGCGCGGCGCCGCGGAGGGUCUUCACUGCCGAGUGACAGACGAGCCAGCCCAGGGACGGACAGAGCCUGACACAGGCUACGCCAGCGGGGGCUGUACAAAAUCUGACCUCACCGACUGGUCUGCUGCCUCCCGCAGCCCCGCCAUGCCCGCCGGCCACAGGCUGGAGACCCCUGCCUUGGAUAGGAGCUGCUUCACCCCCUCUACCGCUGCUGAAGCCAUCAGGCAGGGAGAGAGGUCUCUGGCGGCACCGACAGAGGGUACCCGCCCUGGCAGCAGUCAUCCACAAACCCCAGCUUUACCGGGCACCAAGCCAGCUGGCCCAGGCCCCUGGCAACGCAAGUACAAAUCCCGCCCGAAGAAGCCCAAAGUGAGCCGAAAACUCCGCCUCCAAGACGAGGUGAGCACUUCCCCUGUGCUCGGCCUGAGGAUUAAAGUGGACGCCAAGGACUGCCGGGCGGCGCCGGCAUCAGCAAAGCCCCAGCUCCUGGCCGGGUACAUCUGCCAGCUGUGCAGGGAGAACUAUUCGGAUCCCUUCUCGCUGGCCCAGCACAGGUGCUCCAGGAUAGUCCGGGUCGAAUACCGCUGCCCCGAGUGCCAGAAAGUCUUUAGCUGCCCGGCUAACCUGGCAUCCCACCGCAGGUGGCACAAGCCUCGCUCCGGGACCAACAGCGCUGCUGCGGAGCCUGGCAAGGAGAGGCACCGCUGGCCCGGACCCCGGCAGCGUGUCGACCCAGAGAGCAAAGAGAACUCCAAGGGCCUGAGCUCCGGGGAGCGCCGCGGAUUUCAGACCAUGGACAGCUCCCAGCUUAGCGAGGGCGGCUCGCCGGGGAGCCCGGGCCGCCCCGAGCGCUUCGAGUGCGUGCUGUGCAGCAAGAGAUUCCGGCGCCAGGCUUCCCUGGAGAAGCACCAGUCCGGCCACCAGGCCGCCGGCUCCGCGGGCUACAGGCGCCUGCAGUGGAACCGCCUCAGCUUCCCCUGCCCGUUGUGCAAUGUGAGCCUUCCGUCCGCCGACACCCGCAACAAGCAUCUGCUGUGGCAUGCGGUGAGCUGUGGGGAGCCAGCCCUGCUCAGCCCCGCAGCCGAGCAGCAGGAGCCUGCCGGCGGCCUGGGCGGGCAGCUUUUCACCUGCAGGCACUGCCCUUCGUGCUUCCUGAGCUCGGCGGGCUUGAGCAGGCACAUCGCCAAGUCGCACCCGUCAGAGAACCGGCAGCACUUCCUCCUGCAGCUAGCCACUAGGCCAGGUUGCUAAUGGCCUCCAGCCACUAAGACCUCAAGAGUUCAGGGGAAACGUCUUUACACAGACAACAGCGACAGCGUGUAUCAUAGGGAGUGGCUGAGACCAGUAGUACAGACGUGCUUAAGAAGGGUCGAAAGGGUUAGGUUCAUAAGGUUGGGUGAGGAAAUGUGAAUUAAACAAAGACUACUUGAGUUGAAUCACCCUGCUUCUAUGCAGUGCGUUCUAUGUAAUUAUUUCAUUCUUUCCAAAAAAAAUCGCAAAAGGCUCAAGAUCAUUUCUUGCUCACUAAAGAAAUUAUGAUCUUAAGCCAGAACUUGCACCGACGGCUGCCAACUAUUUAUUCUGAGCAUGCAAAUGACUGAUUUUUUUUAGCAAAUGCGCUGGAAAUAGACUACUUGUAAAGUGUGUUCACUGUUCAGUGGUGGGUUAGUUACCUCAGCAGGCUAGAGAGCAAUGUGACUACAAAACAAUGACAAUGGCACAUUUUCUACCUCAGUACUGGCUCUGGUAGUUCAUGGAGACCCGCCUCUUUGCAUUGUCUUAUGCAUGAUGUGCAGUGAUGCCCAUCAAGCUACAUAAACACAGAUGCUCUCUGUGACAGUGAGAAAUGCUAUGGUCCCUCACAGAGAAUGUCCUAAGUCAUUCAUUUUACAUCAGAGUUGAAUAUAUUUGCACAGGGAUCUGGGCAGCAAGGAAUUAUUUAUUGCAAGUUUAAAAAAUUCCUACAUGAAUUCGUGUAUCAGAACUUCUGUGGAGUCCUGACAGGUAUCUUUUGUUGUAUAUCCAUUCUCUGAUAAUUGGAGCGUACACGAUUUAGGCUAGUUCUUUUUGAUGUUCUGAAUAAUUAGGGCCCUAGAACACGGACUCCUAAUUGGCCCCUUGUAAUGACGAGAAGAUAUUAUAGAAAACAUAGAAAAUACAUAAAGGUUUAGAGAUAAAAUUGAAUUUUCUGACUAGCAGAAGUUCUAAAUGAGCAAGACACUACAUACAAAUACUUCUGUAGAAUAUACGUCAGUACAUAUUUCCGUUCGAAGAAUGCUUUUAAAGGUUUUGCUCGCUGCAAUUGGAUUCUACACCAUCGUUUUUGUCAAAGGACAUUAUAAAACAUGACAUUUUGUAAGAGGAAGCCUUAAAGCAUCUAUUUUAAAAAACUCUAUAUAAUAAUGUUGAUGCAUCUUUGUAUUAUUUGCCUUGUAUGUUUUGUAUGACAUUCUGUAAAUAAUUGCAAUUUUGUUUAUUUUUUGUGGCCAAUGUGGUAAUAAAUUAACAGAAUUGCUUUUCGUGCAAGUAAUAUUUCUACACCAGUAGCUAUUUAAUGUGCGUUAGGUAGUUCAUAUGCAAAAAUAAUUCCUACUCUGUAUUUUCUUACCUGCU